AUGAAGGACCAUUUCAAGAGCGCGGAUGACGUUCGCAUUCCGCAUCCAGACCACGUCCCAAUUCCAACAGACCGCGCGAUGAUGGACGCCCGCAAGAUCAACCCCAUGGACGCGGCUCAUGUCAUGGACUUUGGUAACCUUGCCCUUGGACACCCGACCGCGUCGCACAAGAAUGUAUGGCUCGUGGAUCUUGCCGUCAACGUCUACGGCCUCGAGGAGAUCAAAGGCAGCAACCGGCCGAUCUCGGUGGUGAUGCUCGCCCACGGAUGGGCCAACAAGGCCAAGCAGAUGGGGGCCAUGGCCUCGGGCCUCGUCGGCGAGUCUCUGCGCCUGGCGCGGGAAGGUGAUCGCGAGGUGACGCACGACAUGCUCGUUGUAACCCUCGACCAGAGGAACCACGGCGACCGCAGGCGCAACCCCGACGGCCUCAGCACCUACCGCCACCCAAUGCGGCCAGCAGACAUGUUGACCGUCGUCACAGGUGGCGUACACGACUACCAGCUGGUGAUGGACUUUCUCGGAUCCUACCUCUUCCCGCUCGACGAGCGUGUCAUCACGCGUUGGAUGGCGAGCGGUGUCAGCAUGGGUGGACACGUGGCCUGGCGCCUCCUUCGCGACGAUCCGCGCGUGCGCGUCGGUGUGCCUAUCGUGAGCAUUCCGCCCGAGAAGCUCGGCACACUCCUCACCAUCGCCUCCGAGCGUGAGGGUACAUUGGGGACAGCGGUCAAGCCAUACCCCGCCUCUUUGCGGAGGGUUUAUGAGCGCGCAACCCCACCCGGCGCGUAUAUGGGCAAGAAGAUUCUGUGUCUCUACGGUGAGGUCGACGCCAUGGUUCCCUACGCGCUCGGUGCGGAGGCGCUCAAGGGCGUCAUGGAGGAGUAUCCGGGCGACGUCCAGUUCUGGAUCCAGGAGGAGAGGGGGCACGUGUGCACGCCCGAGAUGGUACAGCGAGCAGCGCUCUGGUUCUGGCGAUGGGGGACGUCUGCGUAG